ACGAGCAAACAAAAAUUUGACAAAGGUCGUACUCCGUUCUGGAUUGAUCGAUUGCAUAAAGUAAGGUUAUACAGAGUUUUGAUCAGAGCGUACGAGAUUCGAAUAGGUCGAACGAUGGGAAAUAUCAAUGAGAAAGUGGAAGCUGCUUCAUCUGAGGUGUCGAACACCAAAGGUCCUGAGGAACCCAAGAAGCUGAAGCCUUGUUGCGCGUGUCCCGAAACAAAAAGGGCACGAGAUGCCUGCAUAAUCGAGAACGGCCAGGAGAACUGCGGCGAUUUAAUAGAGGCACACAAGGUGUGCAUGCGAAAGAUGGGCUUCAACAUCUAAUCGUCGAAACAGCAGAAGAUUAACGAGUAUGAUCUGUAGAAUUGUAUAUAGUACUUAAUAUUAUU